AUGGCAACCGCCACGCAAACCCUGCCAACGACGGCAGUCGAGCUACACAAUCUCCACCAUAGCACCGGCGAGCGACAGCGGAAUCCUAUUUCUCACGAUGAGCCGGAGACAGAACCCGAUGAGGUCAUGCAGCAGUCUCUCAUUGCGGACUCUCAAGUUCCCGAUGGUGGCUAUGGCUGGGUUCUUAUCUUCGCAUGUGCAGUGGUGACCUGGUGGUUCGUUGGUGCAUCGUAUACAUGGGGUGUGAUGCAAGCUGCACUAGUCGAGAAGAAAGGAUAUUCGUCCUCGACAUUGGCCUUCGUGGGCUCGCUCUGCCCUGCCUGUAUUUCCUUGCUGGCUGUUCCUAAUGCACGAGUGAUUCGUCUCAUCGGUGCACGGAUCACGGCUUGUCUGGGUAUCUUCCUCCUAGGGCUGGGAAGUAUCCUCAGUGGAUUUGCAGUGAACAGUGUUGCGGGGCUCUUCAUGACAUGGGGGUUUAUUGGUGGACUAGGGACUAGUCUAUGCUUCAUGGUCGUCUCCGUCACCCCGGCGCAGUACUUUAAGGCCAAACGCGGCAUCGCCAAUGGAAUUGUCUACGCUGGUGGCGGUCUUGGUGGUACUGUCAUCAGUUUUAUCCUAGACGCCCUCCUCCAGAGUGUCGGGAUUGCCUGGACAUUCCGCAUCCUAGGCUUCAUGAUCAUAGCAACCGGUCUGCCAGCUGCGUGGCUGAUCAAGGAGCGCGCGGCGAUCAAGCCAGCGAAGAUGGUCGAAUGGAGUCUGUUCAAAGAUGUCCGCUUCGCAGUCUUAUUCGCCGUCGGUGUGAUUGGAACAUUCCCACUCUUCGUGCCGGCUUUCUUUUUGCCGCUGUAUACCUCUUCACUCGGACUACCGUCCAGCGCGGGAGCCGGCCUUGUCGCUGCGUUCAAUUUCAGCUCGGCAAUUGGACGUCUAUCGUGCGGGUUCGCGUGUGAUAAGUUGGGCUCGCUGAACACACUUUUCCUAUCCUUGCUGCUGAGCGCACUGAGUAUUUUUGUGUUGUGGCCAGUGUCCAGCUCGAUUGGGCCGCUGAUUGCAUUCGUGGUGAUUAAUGGGUCUGCAAAUGGAGGUUUCUUCUCGACGAUGCCCACCGUCGUUGGGAAUGUGUUCGGAUCCGCGAGGGUGUCUGUGGCUGUCGGGAUGAUCGUUAGUGGAUGGUUGGGUGGUUAUCUGAUGGGAGCUCCAAUUGCCGGUUACAUCCUGAAUGCCUCUGGUGGCCAGGCUGGUGGGAUUGGAGCAUAUCGACCAGCCAUUUUCUACGCGGGCUCAAUGGCGACAGCUGCAACGAUGCUGGCGGCCGCGGUGCGGAUGAAAGUUGAUCGGAGGAUAAAGAAGACUGUGUGA